GGGUUACCCAGUUUAUUUCUCCAUUUGAAAUAUUUAAUCACAAUAACUUGCAUAUUAAGGUAUCGCAGUCACAUUCCAUCAAUAAAUCCUACAUUACAUUAUGUAAUCCUUUAUUUAGCUUUUCACUUUUUCUCUCCAAAGUCUUAAACUGGCUGCCAUCAAACCUAGUCCUUUAUUGCUUUAUACAGUAUAAUUUGUAGUUUACAUAUAAUAAAAUAUUGCCAAGCAAAAAGAAGGCCGCUAGCAUGUAUGAGAAUUUUGGGCAUAAUUUUCUCUACCUUGGAUUUCUGCUAAAAUUUCAGCAUUUUUAUUUUCAGAAGUGUGUCUAUUUCUUUUACCAGUAUUGUCAAUCUCCUUCUGUUCUUACCCCCACUGGCAGAAAAGUAAUGUGAAGGACCUGGGAGUGAUAAUGUCAGAGGAUCUCGUCUUCAAAGACCACAACAAUGUAUCUACCUCAUCCGCUAGGAAAAUGAUAGGAUGGAUAAUGAGAACCUUCAAAACUAGGGACGUCAAGCCCAUGAUGAUUCUCUUCAAAUCGCUUGUGCUCUCUAGGCUGGAAUACUGCUGUACACUAACGGCCUCCUUCAAGGGUGGCGACAUUGCAGACCUGGAGAGUGUACAAAGAACUUUCACGGCACACACAAGUGCGAUACGGCACCUAAACUACUGGGAACGGUUGAAGGUCCUUGAUCUGUAUUCCCUUGAAUGCAGGCAAGAGAGAUACAUGAUAACAUACACUUGGAAGGUCCUGGAGGGAUUGGUACCAAACCUGCACACGAAAAUCACUCCAUAUGAAAGCAAAAGACUCGGCAGGAGAUGCAACAUUCCCUCGAUGAAAAGCAGAGGUGCCAUGAGUACACUGAGAGACAACACAAUAACUGUCUGGGGCCCAAGACUGUUCAAUUGCCUCCCAACAUACAUUAGGGGGAUUACCAGUAGACCCCUGGCUGUCUUGAAGAAAGCACUGGACAGGCACCUAAAGUCAGUACCUGACCAACCAGGCUGUGGUUCGUACGUCAGCUUGCGUGCGGCAAGCAGUAACAGCCUAGUUGAUCAGACCCUGAUCCACCAUGAGGCCUGGUCUCAGACCGGGCCGUGGGGGCAUUGACCCCUGAAACCCUCUCCAGGUAACUGGCUAAGUGGGUUUGUGGGAUGCUAGCACAAACAACCUGGUUGACCAAGUCAUCAACAGGAAGCCUGACCCCAGGCUGAGCUGCUGAGGUAGAGGAUCCUCAAAACUAGUCACAAGUCAGGUUAAGGGAAGUGGUGAUCAGUCACUGGUGCCAGUGAUGGCACGAGUGCCGGAGGAGAUGGAGGAAGUGUUGGCAUCAGAUAAAACUCAAGAUACUCUGCAGUUGGACUCUUUGGUUGGACAUAUAGAAGACAUCAUACUUAGUAAUGAGUUUUCCACCCUGAGAGAAAACUUCCUAAAGAAACACUGUCACCUAUUUGAUGAUAAUGAUGAGAACAAACUGGAAUACAUGGAUAUUUUCAAACAAUAUACUAAUUUGAUUGAGGGCCACAUAGAGAAAGAGUUAUCUAGCCGUGCUAGUGGCUUUCAGAUGUCGUUAUUCUUGCAAGAAUUAACAUCAUCCUGUGCCCUUGAUGGAGAAGUGUUUGAUCUUCUCAUGACUUUCACAGAUUUCUUAUCAUUCAAGACUGCCAUGCUAGAAAUUAAGCAGAGUAGAGAAGAUGGAGCCGAUACUUUAGAAGACUUACUUCAAAUAACUAGUCUUAAAUCUUAAUUUAAAUUACAUAUUAACUAGGAUUGUAAUUUCUGUAUGCAAAUUUUGGUUUUGUAAUGGUAAACAUAUUACAAUACAUUAAAGUUUUUACUGUUAA